AUGGACCACGACGAUACACCAGCCCAGGGUUUAUCAUACGAUGAACCCCAGAUUCGGCGACAGAAUGGCGCUGGAGCAAACUCGGGACUGAGUGUCGACACCAGCCGGCGGGGCACCAACUUCAAGCGCCAAAAGUCCCUUAUCCGACCCGACCGUGAGCGUAUCGACAAAAGUCACCCUCAAUACUACUACAGAAACGCCACACAAAACCUCGAUGGAUCCGGCAUCAAGGUCCAGGCUUCGACCACCGGUAUUGACCCCACAGGCGCCACCCCCAUCCGCACAGGAGGCGUUCGUCGCGGAAAAAGUGUUCUUGGUCGUGAGAUCGAGAAGCCCGGCCAGCGUCCUAAGGUCAAGGCUUCGGAUACUAAGCGCAAGCCCAUUGUCGACAUCAAGAACCCUCUCAAGAAGCGGACCAAGGAGUGCCCUUCUCCUUGGAUCGUCUACUAUAACGCCGUUACUUGCUGCUUCCCCUCAGCGCUCCUCAAGUCUUGUGGCAUGCACACCUCGGACAUUCAGAGGGCCUGGCGCGAAAAGAUUGCUCUAGUUUCGCUGAUUGUCCUGAUGGUGGGAGCUGUCGCUUUCUUGACCUUCGGAUUGCAGGCGGCUCUGUGUCAGGACGACCGCACAGGAAAGUAUGAGUUCGGAACGCGUCCCGAGAACCUGAUCGUCAAUGGCAUGGGGUAUUACUUCAACACUGACGGUGCUGGCGGAGGACAGGUUUGGACGCAUCCUGCCAUCAACUCACUUAUCUCGAAUGACCGCAUCGACAUCAUGAACGACCCCACCUACGGGGCCAAAGGCAUGGAUGCCUCGUUCCUGUUCCAGACUCAAGUGGGUGGCGCUUGCGAUGGACUGAUCAACCGAAGGGAUGCCGCGGCUGCAGGAGAUGCGACAGCCAACUAUUACUUCCCCUGUGUCGUGCGUAAGGACGACGGUUCCACACCAGUGAACGGAACGGUCGACACUACGGGCACUGGGUGCCAUACUUCCUCUGCUACCCGGGCGACAUGGGACGGACUGAUGGCUGGCUCCAACUCCCCCGUCUACUACACCUGGAACCAGAUCCAGGAUGGCAAUCGCAUGCUCUUUGCAUUCGACGGCGAUGUCUAUGAUGCCUCCAUUCUCAAGUGGAUCAAGCCUGCAUUCGAUCUCGACCCCACCCUCGAUAAUCUCCGGAACGGAAACAUUCUCUUGCAGAGGGAUCUUUCGUACAUGUUUGUCCAGAAAAAGCUGACCAGCCUCCGAGCAUGCCUGAAGCAGGUUGCGCGUAUCGGAGCCAUGGAUUCCAAGACGAUCGGCUGUAUGACCUCGGAUAUUAUUACCUAUGUCUCACUGGUCAUUAUUCUGGGCGUCGUGUUUAUCAAGUUCUUCUUGGCCGUCUUCUUUGGCUGGUUCCUAAACCACCGUCUCGGAGGAUUCGACAACGAGACGUACCAGGAUCGCAUGAAGCGUUCUGAGCAGAUCGAGGCCUGGAGUUCCGACAUCAACCGACCUGCUUUCAGCAACAAGAGACAAACCCUUUUCCCUACGACCUCUCGCUUCACCCCCACAGGCGCCGCCGCCGGUGGUUCGUCAAGUGCCCUGGCCACUCCUUCUUCCUUGGGUACCCCCAGCGCUCGUCCCUUGUCGACCUUCAACCGUCCCACGAGUGUCUUUAAGACUUUCAACACUCCCCCUGGUUCUCCCGGCAUGAAUCCCGCCUUCCUGUCGGCCUCGAACAGCAACUUGAGCAGACCCUCGUACCAGCCUGGCAUUAACGGCACCCCUCCUCCUUCCCCCCCACCUCUGCCCAAUGCCAUGAGACCCUCCAGCAUUGCCAGCUUUGGUGGUCUUCGCAACAUGUCCCGCCGCUCCUCGACCACUUCUUCGUCCACGACCCAGCCUGUUUCCAACUGCCCUCUCCCUGUCUCGCCCUUUGUCAUCAGCCAGCCUCCUGUUUCGUUCCAGCCGUUCAACUUCCCCUUGAUCCACACCAUGGCCCUGGUUACCUGUUACUCUGAAGGUAUCGACGGACUGAGGACCACGCUCGACUCUAUUGCUACCACGGACUACCCCAACUCGCACAAGAUGAUUGUUGUCAUCUGCGACGGUAUGAUUAUCGGAGCAGGAAACAACAUGUCGACCCCCGAUAUCUGUCUGUCGAUGAUGCAGGACGACGUGAUACCCCGCGACGAUGUGAUUGCCCACUCGUAUGUUGCCAUUGCCGACGGAACCAAGCGCCACAACAUGGCCAAGGUCUAUGCUGGAUUCUACAAGUACGACGACGAGACUGUCUCUGACAAGAAGCUGCAGAAGCGUGUCCCCAUGUGCUUGAUCGUCAAGGUCGGAGGCCCCACCGAGCAGAACAUGCCCAAGCCCGGAAACCGUGGAAAACGUGACUCUCAGAUUAUUCUCAUGGGUUUCUUGCAGCACGUUAUGUUUGACGAGCGUAUGACCUCGUUCGAGUAUGAGCUCUUCAACACCAUCUGGCGACUAACUGGAGUUGCUCCCGACCGCUACGAGAUUGUGCUCAUGGUGGAUGCUGAUACAAAGGUUUACCCUGACUCAUUGUCCCGUAUGAUUGCUGCUAUGGCCCACGACCACGAGAUUAUGGGACUCUGCGGAGAGACCAAGAUUGCCAACAAGACGGACUCAUGGGUGACCAUGAUCCAGGUCUUCGAGUACUACAUUUCGCAUCACAUGUCCAAGGCCUUCGAGUCGAUGUUCGGAGGUGUCACCUGUCUGCCCGGAUGUUUCUGCAUGUACCGUAUCAAGGCCCCCAAGGGCCCCAACGGCUACUGGGUCCCCAUCCUGGCCAACCCAGAUAUUGUCGAGCACUACUCCGAGAACGUCGUCGAUACGCUCCACAAGAAGAACUUGCUGCUCCUCGGUGAGGAUCGUUACCUCUCGACUCUCAUGUUGAGAACCUUCCCCAAGCGCAAGAUGAUGUUUAUCCCCCAGGCCAUCUGCAAGACCGUCGUCCCCGAUACCUUCAAGAUUCUGCUGUCCCAGCGUCGUCGCUGGAUCAACUCGACAAUUCAUAAUCUGCUGGAGUUGGUCCUGGUUCGUGAUCUGUGCGGUACUUUCUGCUUCUCGAUGCAGUUUGUUAUCUUCAUGGAGUUGGUCGGAACUGUCGUCUUGCCCGCCGCCAUUUCCUUCACCAUCUACCUGUGCGCGAUUUCUGUCUACAAAGCCAUCACGCACGACGAGGCCAUCCCCGAUACUACCUUGCCUCUGCUCCUGCUUGCCGCCAUUCUGGGUCUGCCUGCUGUCUUGAUUGUGAUGACCUCGCGCAAGAUGGUCUAUGUCAGCUGGAUGUUGGUCUACCUCUGCUCGAUCUUUGUCUGGAACUUUGUCCUGCCCGCCUAUGCCUACUGGCAUUUCGAUGAUUUCUCUUGGGGUCAGACCCGUAUGGUUGCCGGAGAGGUUGCCGGAGCUGAUCACGGUGGUAAAGAAGGUCAAUUCGACAGCUCGCACAUCACAAUGAAGCGCUGGGGUGAAUGGGAGCGCGAGCGUCGAUCCAAGGCGGCGAUCCUUGCUGGACUGCCUGUUCCCAACUUUAUGGUGUCUGAUUCUGGAGAGGACUGGUCGGGUCAAGUCAAGGAGGAGGAGCUUUCGGACGAGAGCUCUGGCUCGCGCAGGACCAACGAUAGUGCCAUGCCCUUCGCGAUCAGCCGACACACUACCCAGGGAUCUUCGGGGUCGAACGGUGGUUACUCGCUCGCUGAUCCCGGCUACGGCAGCUACCCUGCUGGACCUGCACAGGAUUCGAUCCCACUGUUGAACAUGCAUGCUCCUGCUCCUGGGGGCACGAUUGGACGACAGAGGGUGUCGCAGUACAACAGCAACCCGUUCUUGCCUAAUGCCGGCGACCGGAUGUCUAACUUUUCCCCCCCUCAGUCGCGUCAGUUCACGUCGUCGCCCAAGCUGAGCAGUAACCUGGCCUCGGCAAGCUACACGCCUCCACCGCCCCCGCCUGGAGCUCGUCUGAACUCUAUUGAUACCAGGGCACCCUCUCCGCUGUUAGCCAUGGCUGCCGGCAGUGCCAAUGCAAGUUCUCAGGGUCCCAUUGCUAGGACUGGGUCGCCAAUGCCUCGCGUACUCUCUGAUGGAUCCAACGACUCUUAG